ACGAACGGCGAGUCAAAUCGUGAUAUCUCGUCAAUGUUUUUUUAUGUUUACGCCAGCGAGCAUACGCGAAAACAACACAAGCUCAACUCGUUACGUAUAUUAUUCAACACAAGGCCACCGAAACCGACGCAAAAAGUUCCUCUCGCUUCAGUCGGAUCGGGUUUAGUGUGCUGUUCAGGUUCUAAGUUAGCGAGGGUGCGAUAGCGCGCACCUGGUACACAAUCCGACCGGAAUCCUUCCCGACCGAAGUCCCUUCCCUGCUUGGACAGACAUACCCGAGGACAGCGGGACCCUAUCCAUCCGCACGUUCAUAUAGUCGGUUCCCUAUCUGACCAGCUACACCUAAUUGCCCCGGUAGAACGUGAUACGAUAAUCAAGGAGAGAUGGCCGCCGCACUGGGAAGGAAGCUGGUCGACAGCCUGAAGAGCAAGGAGUUUCGGGACUACCUGAUGAGUACCCACUUUUGGGGUCCGGUAGCUAACUGGGGCAUUCCGAUCGCGGCUCUCGCUGACAUCAAGAAGGAUCCGAAGAUCAUCUCCGGGACGAUGACCACCGCCCUGUGCCUAUACUCGCUAGUGUUCAUGCGCUUCGCCUGGAAGGUGCAACCGCGCAAUCUGCUACUGUUCGGGUGCCACAUCACCAACUUCACUGCCCAGAGCAUCCAGGGUGGCCGGUGUUUGGAGUACAACUACCUGGGUGGUAACAAACGUGCACAGCAACAGCAAACGAGUGAUUCCCCUGCCGAGGCACAAAAAAAGUAGGCAAAAAAACAGCCGAAUUGUGUGGUGGAAAUCUCUCGAAUGGAUCAACAAUCGAAUCGAAUCGAACCUAGAACAAUUUUUAGCAAACGAGAUCUAACUAUGUGCGGGGUGGGGAAGAAAGUGUUUGGCACAUCUAUUAUACUAGUUAGUUAACAGAAGCUGUUUUGUCAAGCCUUAAAGGUGCUGCUUUCGUGAGAGUAGGGAAUAUGAUUCUGGUAGUUCACUAGCUUUAACUAUUGUUUCGGAACUUUUUGUGUUUGUUGUUUUGUGGAGCUUGUAACAAGGCCCAGUGCGUCCUCAGUACUACUUAUAUGGGUACUAUUAGUUUACGGUGGAAAAGUGAAACAAAAGGGAGCUCGGGAAAAAGGGGGUUAGAGCGCAAACAAAGUUUUAGAAACAUACAACACUUGACAAACAGGAUACAAACUUUUACAAACGCACUUUUGCACGAAUCGUAGUCUUUCCAUAGUUGCACUAUUAUGAAAAUUUAAAGUUAGGAAAAGUUAAGAUGUAACAUAAAACAGGAAAUUGUAGCCGGGAAACUCAGGAUUAACUUCAGCCAAUGUUCAAUAGAAAUUAAAAACCCAACGCUCAACCCACUUUUGAGUUUUGAUACCAUAGUGGAGAUUACUACAAUUGAACCUAUUGUAAUAAAAGACAUAAACCAUUUAAUUACGUACUCUUGUAAUAGACCCAAUGAACAACAAUCAAACAGAUUCAGUUGCCAAUAAUGUUGAUCAUCUCGCCAUAAGUGGUCCUUUAAUCCUAUAUCUUUAGCAACAACUGGUUAUCGAAAAAGUAUACCGAAAUCGCACAUCACGUAACCAGACAGAGAUAACGAGGCGAGAUCAAUCGGAAAGUACGGGCACACUGUUUUACGGGAAACUAUUUUUUGUACAUAUGUGAAGCAGGUAUUUUCACAAUAAAUGUCUUACUCAAAAGAAAUUUUAAACUGCC